AUUAUUUGUCAUUUCUAAACACUGGCAGAAUAUUGUCAUUUGAAGUUAAAACAAAAAAGCUGCAUCUGCAAUAAGUAAAAAUGUCCGGUCAAUAUCCAAGUAAUUAUAAUAACCCACUUGGUGCGAGUCAUCGAAACCAAUUUAAUCAGCAACAGCAAAUGAUUAAUCCGAUGAAUCAAAUGCAAAUGGGUAACUUAUCUCAAAACCAUCCAAUGAAUAUUGGUGCAAACAUGCAAGGAGGUGGUAUGUUGCCCAACAUGACCGGUUACAACCAAAAUACUAUGAUUCAACAAACACAACAACAUGCAAUGUCUGGAAUGGGUGUGAUGAAUCCAGUUGGAAUGCCACAACAAAUUAUGCCGCAUCAACAAAUGCAAAUGCAACAGCAGCAGCAACAACAACAACAGCAGCCGCAACCACCACCACAAACAACGUCAAUGGGAGUACUAUCAGGUGGGAAUUUACAUCAACAUCAUCAUCAAGCAGCUCCAGGUCCAUCUGCAACUUCAAUACAGAUGCCAACACAGACAAAAGAAAUAAAUAUUGUAUCGCUAUCACGUUUAGGGCAAGAAACAGUACAAGAUAUCGCAUCACGUUUUCAAGAAAUAUUUGGUGCAUUGAAAAUAAUUCAACCAACUGCAAAUCGCGAUGAAAUUACUGUCAAAAAAGUGCAAGAACAUUUUCGCACAAUAAGGCUUCUGUUUAAACGUGUACGUAUUAUAUAUGAAAAAUGUAAUGAUGGCUAUUCACAAGGAAUGGAAUAUGCUCAUGUAGAAAGUCUUAUACCAUAUAAAGAUGAGCCGGAACAUCGCAACGAAGCUACACAAUGUGAAGAAUAUCGUAAGGCUUUACAGGAAAAUCAAGAAUUAAUUGAAACGGUCAAGUUAAAGAAUCGUCAAUUACGCGAAAUAAUUGAUCGUACCAGAAUUAUAAUAUGGGAAAUAAAUACUAUGCUUAAUAUGCGACGCUCCUAGAUCCUUAUAUCUCAAAUAUAUAUAUUAUAAACACCUAGUUAAGUUUUAACAAAUAUGUGAAAGAGCGGCUGUGUAUAUAAUUUACUCACAAUAUACAAUCUGUAAUCUUUAUUAAAAAUAA